AUGACCCCUUCGCCGACUAGCCAGGCUCUCGAGCCUCGACAUCCCAAAGCCUCCCAGACUGUCUCCGUCAACAUCUCAGAGGGCUCCCAGAGCCGAGCACGCCGCUUCCAACUAGAGGUCAGCGAGUGUGUCGAGACCAAGACUGUUACUACAACCACCCGCCUCACUCGCAAGUUCCCACACGUCUUCGUUCGCGAUCCCAUCCCCCUCGAGAACCUCGACACCAAGGAAUACCCCCUCGCCAUGAAGCCCACACCCCCCGAGCUGAUUCAGUUCUCAUACAACCUCCCGGACUCCCGGAAUAUGGACGAAGAGGAACAAGACCAAGAUAGCAAACGGCCAGCCAGGGACAGUUGCACCCCCGGCGUCAAGAGCGAGUCUCCCCAAGAUACCCCCACCCUUAACAGGAUACCCCGACAGCCAUCCCGAUCCCCAUCCGAGGCCUACUCUCGCCGUACCCGGCAAACUCGAACAAGCCCGGCCGAGUCUCCUGACUCUGCCGCACUCACAUCAAACCCUUCCCGGCGGCCAGUCCGAACCGCCCAACUAAAUGCAGUAUCGGAUAAGCUCCGUCGAUCUCUUGCACAUGGAAGCAGCAGUCGCCGCGAUCCUGGCGAGAGAUCAACGAGAGCAUCGUCUGGCUUUCUUGCUACGCCAGACACAUCUGAAGUUGUCAUCGUACCCGCUGAACGCUCCUCUCGCCGUCUGCACCUCGACCGCUUGAACCAAUCCCCCGAGCCCUCUUCCUCCAUGCAGACUGCUGCUCACUAUGAAACGAGCAGCCCCGUCGACAGCGACUCCCAUACUGUCUUUAGCAGCAACGUUGCCACGCCGCCCAUCACCGAUGCCGACGCUGAGCCGUUUGCUGACCCUGAGGGCUCCCUAACACAGGCUCUGCGGUCCUUCCACCCCAGGCCCACCGUUGACGUUGUCACUGCCCAGGAUGCCAGUCUUCCUAGUCCGAGAUUAUCUCCAACCUUGGCUGCUGCCCAGCUACACUCUGCCGACAACGAGGAAGAAGAAGGCCAUUCCAGCUUCCAGACCUCCACCACGGAUCCGGCUAUCUGGGCCGACGAGUCACAGCUUACCGAGGAUGGCGAGUCAAAGGCUCUGGUUCUUGCUUCUCGAGGGCAUGACGAUUCCCGUGCACUUGUCCGCGCCGACUCAACUGAUCCCCAGACCUCUGUUGUGGACACCCAGACACUGCUCGAGGCGUUUGAUUCCAUGAAGACCGAGAUGAAAACCUUCAUGAUGUAUCAGUUCCUUCGACGUUGCCCCCGUCCCACUCUCAGGGUGGUAGCUGAUGCCGUGAACCCGGCCCUCAAGUGCGAUUUUCUACGACAGCUCCCUCUCGAACUCGGCUACCACGUUCUUUCGUAUCUGAACCACCACGAUCUUUGCCGAGCAGCCCGAGUUUCGAAGCACUGGCGCAACAUCGUUGACCGAAACGAGACGGGCUGGAAGGAGCUGUUUGACCGUGACGGCUACAAUCUCCCUCCUGGCGAGCUGAACAAGGCUAUCGUGCAGGGAUGGGGCUGGCAGGAUCCUGUUGGGGCUACUGGAUAUGAGAAAGACUUGAGCAUGCGGAGCCGCCUGACUUCCACCGACCAAGAGCUCACCCGAACCCUCCGAAACGAGCCGGGCCCGAAAUCCAGGACUUCGAAGCGCAAGAGGGCCCUCAACACGUACUCGGCAUCGGAGAGAUCCAAGCGCCGAGCGAGCGCCCAAGAAGCGGCUUCCCGGGAUGAAAAGACCCAGGUCGAAGUCAAGCAGCACAAGUCGGAAGGCCCCUUGUCGGCUGCUAAUGCCGCCGCCGCCGCUGUUCCUGACCCCCACCUGGGGCUGCCCAGUCUGCGCCAGCUGCAUCUCUACAAGUCACUGUACCGCCGCCACCACAUGAUCCGCCAGAGCUGGACCAGCGGCGAGGUCAAGCCUGGGCAUGUGGCCUUUGCGGCGCAUCCUCGUCACGUCAUCACGUGCCUCCAAUUCGAUGAGGACAAGAUCAUUACGGGCAGCGACGACACCCUGAUUCACAUCUAUGAUACCAAGACGGGCAAGCUCCGGAAGAAGCUUGAGGGACACGAAGGCGGCGUCUGGGCUCUCCAGUACGAGGGCAACAUGCUAGUGUCUGGUUCGACUGACCGAUCCGUCCGCGUCUGGGAUAUUGAGCGAGGGCUCUGCCAACAGGUGUUUUACGGACACACUAGUACUGUCCGUUGCCUGCAGAUUCUUAUGCCCACCGAGACUGGAAAGGACUCGAGCGGCAGUGCCAUUAUGCAGCCGGAGAAGCCCCUCAUUAUUACCGGGUCCCGAGAUAGCCAACUGCGAGUUUGGCGUCUUCCCGAGGUGGGCUCCCGGCGCUAUAUCCAGACUGGCCCCCCAGCUCACGAAUCGGACUGUCCAUACUUCAUUCGAGUUUUGUCCGGCCAUACUCACUCUGUCCGAGCCAUCUCGGCAUAUGGCGACACAUUGGUCAGCGGAUCUUAUGACAGCACGGUCCGCGUCUGGCGGAUCAGCACUGGCGAGGCCCUCCAUGUGCUCCAUGGGCACUCGCAGAAGGUGUACUCGGUGGUUCUCGACCACGAGCGCAACCGCUGCAUCUCUGGAUCCAUGGAUUCACUCGUCAAGAUCUGGGAUCUUGCCACUGGAGCUUGCCUCCACACCCUGGAGGGACACAGCCUACUUGUUGGUCUCUUGGAUCUUCGGGACGAUCGACUGGUAUCUGCAGCAGCUGAUUCGACGCUCCGCAUCUGGGACCCGGAGAAUGGCAAGUGUAGGAACACACUCAUGGCGCACACCGGAGCCAUCACUUGCUUCCAGCAUGAUGGCCGGAAAGUUAUUAGCGGCAGUGAAAAGACGGUCAAGAUGUGGGAUGUUCGGACGGGAGAAUGCGUACAAGAUCUGCUGAGCGACCUGAGUGGUGUAUGGCAGGUCAAGUUUGACGAGAGGAGAUGCGUGGCAGCUGUGCAACGAGACUCGCUGACAUAUGUCGAGAUUCUCGAUUUUGGAGCAGUCCGCGAUGGUACGCCCCCAGAAGAGCUGGGCAAGCGAAUCCUGUUGAACGAGCCCGAGGUUCGGGCUAUGAUUGAAGAAGAGGCAUGA